AUCGCCCGUUAUAAUUCGUGUACCACGGUUCUGGCCGUUAUCGUCAUCGCAUAACCGCGGUCUCGUAACCAGCGAGUUACCGAGGUAAACUAUAGGUAGAUUAAAUUGUGUUCCGGUAGAUUAGGUAUAUUAAAAUUGAUUUUUCUUACGCAUUUUAUAAAGUUUGGGGUUCAGUAAAAGUUUUAAAUCUCGGUAAGACGGCCCUUAUUAACCCGUCCGUGGCACUGCAGUUAUAGUCGGUAUACUUGUAUUGUACUAUAUGUAUUAUACUAGACAAAUCAGUAUUUGAGCUCAAAGCCGUAUAAUGAAAAAUAUCGAAGGGGUAUAAAACAAACUACUCGCAAAUUAUACAGAAAAACUGCAAAUCGAGGUAGCUUGGGAGUCGACUUCUUUUUUGGGGAAGUUAUCCGAAAACCACUAAUUUCAUCCGCAUGUAAUACACGAAUAUUACAAUGGGCCGAAAAUCUACUGCGUGCUUUUAGAACGUGGAAUUAUGGACAACAAUGUACAAAUGUUUUCGGUAUAAAAUCCAAACACCGCGCAAACUUUCUACAUACAAUCGUCUCCUUCAUCUGCCGUCCGUCUUCUUCAGGGCUAUUUUAAAAUGAACGCUUUAACAAUAGCCGUGGCCGUGUUAUCCACAGCAGUGACUCUCUCGAUCGCCGAGGCCACGCCCAACUCGUACGUUUCGUACAAAAAUCCGUCGGCAUGUCGUUCCGCCGAACCGUUAGGUGCAACACUCGAUCGUUCGGACUCCGACGGCGAAGGCUGCACCUGCAGUGGAUCGUGGCAGCCGCAAUGCUGCUGUCCGCGUCCGCGUCCUUACGGCCUCCCGCUCUGCAGACAGACCUGCACAUGCCGUCAACCGUCUUGCAGCGGCCCCCCAGCAACCGAACCUGCCUCCUACCAGACCGUCCCGUACUCGCCUUGGCCGACCGCGUCCACGUCCUGCCCAGACCUCCCCUCCUCGGCUCCGAGCCCCGACCCGUGCCCCUGCCCUGCGGCUGCACCAGUUCCGGUGCCCGAGCAGUGCACGUGUUCGCCGUCUUCCGGUGGUGGCCAACAGCUUUGUCCCUACUGUGUACGUAUGCAACUGCAGUCCUGUCCGUGCGGUGGGCAACCGUCGUCGUCGAUUAGCGGCCUGUCCGACUUUGCCGAGUUCGCGUCGCCCCCGACCGCGUGCAUCGCUCCACCAACCGUGUGCAUCUCGCCCCCAAAACGACCGGUGCUGCCGAAAUUGAUACCCAUUGUUCUGAAACCGCUUUCGUUCAACAUCCAUCGGCCUCAGGUUCCAUGCCGUCCCGGAUUGGGAUAUGGUGGUUCAUCACAGUCGCUGCUAACGCCGUACGGUUGCGGUUCCGCGCCGUCACCGUACGAGUUUUAUAAAAAAUAAUUUUAUAAAAAAAAUAAUAACAGUAUGCUGUAUGACGACAUAACGUCAUCAUGUUUUAUAAUAAUAUUAUAUUAUAUAUUUUUCUCUAUGUAAUAAAACUCGAACAUAGGUUUUUUGCGAGCUACAAACUCAUAUUAUAUUAUAUUUUUGUGAUUUCUUAAAAUGUUUACUUAACGGAAUUUUUUUUAUAGUCAAUGCACGCUAGUUUUUCUUUGUUUUUGUCAAUGCUAUUUUUCGUUGCUUAUAACCGUAGAAUAUAUAAAGAUAAUCAAUUAUAAUUAAUAUUUAACAGUAAAAUAUUUUAUGAACCAUAUUAUUACGAGAAGAACGUUUUAUUUCAUUUGAACCUUAUUCGCAAACUAUAUUAUGGUAUAUACGAGGUAUGACUACGGUAGUAUAAAAUACACACAUGGUAAUAAAAAUAUUUUCAAACAGAGAUUCAUUCGAACAAAGAUCUCAAGAUUCAAGAUCUUUUUUUUUAAGAAUAAAAUAUCAAUGUUUUUUUUUUUUAUUCAUCAAAUACUUAGUAAAUAUUUUUAAUCGCGCUUAAUUUUAUUAUGACGUUUAAUAAACAAUAACAGUAAAGUGAUACCCUUGAAAGUUGGAAUAGUAUCAUACAAUUAUUAUAUUAGUCUGAUUAUGACGUGUUCUUGUAAUUCAUUUAUCCGCCGUUUAUACAAUGUAAACGAACAACAGUUAGAUAAAAAUUAAUUUCUAUAUCGUAUGCGAUAAGUCAUAACUAAGAACGUA